AUGUGGACAUUGUUAUGCCAAACAAGGCUUGACAGAAGACUAGGAGGGUCUGAUUCGGAUGCUUUUGUGGAGAGCAUGACAUCGGCAUGGAUCACGGCACCAAGCCGCUCUCUCUUGUCAACACCUAUCUUUCCACGCCACGGGACCGACGAUGCUAUGGUUGAUGUUCAGCUCGGACGUGAGGUUAGAGAUGUGCUCUCCAAAGUAGGGUUUCGGGUUGAGUGGAAGGAGUACUUGGGUGCAGAGUUGGAAGGUCACUGGAUCAAGGUGCCAGAGGAGGUGGAUGAUAUCACGGCCUUUCUCAAAAGAUCUACCGGCAGUGAUAAAUAG